ACUAGACUACCUUGAACCUCACAAGGCCCCUGAUGCGCCUGCAUAACCUACCACCACAACAACAAUUGGCCAUGUGAUGUGACAUACCCAGGCGACAUCCCAGCCAUCAUCAUCGACGCAACCCUGACCAAGCAUAGUCCAACCACGAGCUGCCCAGAGGCCACAUCCAUACUGAGAAGCACUUCUCCCUCCCCCCCUCCCCCCAGGCGUCCGCCAUGUGGCGAGACAGGACCAACCUCUACCUCUCCUACCGGCAGUCCUACGCCCACCAUCCAACGCACCGCAACAAAUAUGGCGGCUCCUCCUCCGUUUCCGGCAGCACAAUUGAGCGCUUUGGCGCAGCGACGGGGUCCUCGGUGCUCUUCUCCGCCGACGACGACCGGCGCGGCCUUCUCUCCGCCGGGUCCGCCGACUACCAUGACGACGGCGACGCCGUGAUCGAGAUGGACCUGCUCCCGCCACGCUGGGCCGACAUCACCGACGAGGUGACCGAGAUCCUGGCCGACGUCGCCAAGAAAUCCCAGAAGCUCGAGCGCCUCCACCAGCAGCACGUGCUGCCGGGCUUCGACGACGAUGCCGCCAAGCGCGCCGAGGAGCGGGACAUUGAGAAACUCACCCAGGACAUCACCAAGGGGUUUCAUGACUGCCACAGGUGCAUCCAACGGAUCGAGGCCAUGGUGCGCGAGCAGCAGGCUGCCGGAACAAUGACGAGGGCCGAGGAGGUCAUGGCCAAGAACAUCCGCGUCAGUCUCGCCGCCAGGGUCCAGGAGGCGAGCGCUGGGUUCAGGAAGAAGCAGAGCACUUAUCUAAAGAACUUUGAAAAAGAGCUCCGCGGCCUCCAGAACCCAGCCCUUCCCUCGCCCAACCCAGAGCGCUCCUCCACCCCCCUCGGUGGCAGCUCCUACAACACAGACAUCACCCUGCUCGAGUCCGAGACCGACAAGUCCUUUUCGCAGUCCACCCUGCAGUCCUCCCUCCGCCAGAAGCAGCUCCACAAGAACGACGCAGCCAUCAUCCAGCGCGAGCGCGAGAUCGAGGAGAUUGCGCAGGGCAUCAUCGACCUAUCUGACCUAUUUCGGGACCUGCAGACCAUGGUCAUCGACCAGGGCACCAUGCUGGAUCGCAUCGACUACAACGUGGAGCGUAUGGCCACCGACGUCAAGGAGGCCGACCGGGAGCUCAAGGUCGCGAGCGGGUACCAGAAGAAGACGACCAAGAGGAAGAUUAUAUUCCUGCUGUUCCUGAUCGUGGUGGGCAUGUUCAUACUGCUCUUAGCUGCCCAUUUCAUCUCCGAACUCCUCAAGCUCAAUCCUCCUCUCCAGAUCCAAAAGACUCGGCACAAUCUCCCCAUUUCCCCAGGCCGCAUCGCAAAGGUUCUUCGCCUCCGCAAGACUUAAUCGCGUUUUUCUUCUCAGCUGCGCUAUUCUCGGGUUGCCCUGCGGCCACUCAUAAUCCCCUCUGCCUCCGCCUCUGUACAGAUCCAGGAGCCUGAUCGUUGCCUGUUUCUGCACCGUCGGCGCGAGCGUGAACAGCCCUCGGUCGCGUAACAUGGCGAGCAGUCUGAUGCCACGCGCAAAGUGGAACUUGGCUGGGUGCAGAGCGUCGUGCUCUUUCGAAAGAAACGACGACGACGAUGACACCGGUACUGGCGUGGUGAGCAGCGACACCGCGGUGGCCUCUGCUUCGGCCUCGUACCGCGUGUACAUGAAUCCCCACCUCACGAUGGAGUUCUGCAGUUUUUUAUCGAAGAUCUGGCGGAGGGGGUGUUUAUCG